CGAACAUGCAACGCAUUACGCCCCUAGCUAGGCUUUGCAAGCCUGCGAGGUUCUGUACGCAACAUCGGAACAUGUCAAGUUUCCCAACCAGCAUCUCCCCCUCACAGUCAGAAAUCAAGAGUCGGCAACUUUCUCCGCAAAAUCUAGAGAUCGCAAUUCGAAGUCUCCACCAUGAUGGCUUAGUCGUAGUGGAGAACGUUGUGCCCCACGAUGCCCUGGACCGACUCAACCACAAAAUGGUCGAGGAUGCAUGGACGCUGCGGAACAAGAAAGAAAACAGUCCCUAUAACUAUAAUCCCGGGAAUAUUCAGCAGGAUCCUCCACCUGUACGGAAAUACUUCGACCCUGAUAUUUUCUUGAAUCCCAUCGCUACCCAAAUAACCUCGACGGCGCUAGGGCCCCGUCCAAAAUGGACCUUUUGCUCUGGAAACUCAGCCAUGCCCCCUACAGCUGAAAACCCACCCAUGUCUCAGCCUGUCCACUCUGACGCGGAUUUCGCCCACCCCACACACCCGUUCGCCUAUGUCGUCAACGUCCCACUAAUCACCAUGACUCCCGAAAACGGGUCUACAGAGGUGUGGCUAGGAACACACGCGGAUUCGGGACUCCACGUUCAGGAAGGAAUGCACGGCGAGAGAGCCAGUGGGCGAAUUCAACUGGAUGCCUUGGAGAAGCGGAGAAUGAUCCGGCCGCCGUCUCAACCUAUUGUUCCUAAGGGCGCGUUAGUUCUGAGGGACUUGAGGCUGUGGCAUGCGGGAAUAGGAAACCAAACCGAUGAGGUUAGGGUUAUGUUGGCAAUGAUUCAUUUCGCGCCGUGGUAUCGAAACUCCAUGAGGCUGGAAUUUGCGGAGGAUUUGAGGCCUCUGGUGGAGAAAGAGACGGGCACCGAGACUCCUGUGGACUGGGUUACGGAGUCGGAAGCUAUGUCGCGAUAUUUGAAUAGGGGAUUUGGAAACUCGUAUGAUUUCAGUCAGCGGCCGUAG